UGUUGGCGAUUACUCACUGGAAUUUCCAUAACGAAACGGGCAUACAUACUACUAACUCUUGCUGUUAUGGUAUUUAGUGAUGCCACUUAGUGAAAGUCUACCAUGGCAUCCCUAAUUACUUCCAAGAAAACUAUGAGAACUGAAGAGAUUGACAAGGAGAUACAGGCCCUUGCUCAUAACUAUACACAGCGGUUCUGCAACUUCUUUGAAGACAUUUGUCAAGAAGGGGAAUUAGUCCAGAUCUACAAAAGUAGCUUUCACGGACACAAGGAAAGAUUUGAAGAAUUUUUGAACAAAACAGAAGGCUUAUUGAUAACCUUGCAAGCUCUGAAGUUUCCAGUACUGAAGAAUGGAAAACAAGUUGUUCACUUUGUAACUCCCAGAGAUGAACUGAAGAAAGGAGAAAUGUAUUAUCAGAUUGGCCGCACCACUCCUGGCACAUUGUCCUUGAAAUUCUCCAAGGCAGUGGAUGAGUCCAAGUCACAGCCUCAGGUGUCCCAGGUGGAGGCCAGUGACAUGCACAGGGCCUAUACUCCAGGAUAUUUCCAGGAAUUACGGGAUUUUGCUAGGAAACACCACCACCCAUACUCAGAUGUGUUAUUUCGCCAGUGCCUGGUUUGGGACUCUGACCUUGACCAGUUGGUGCCCCUGUCCACUGAUAGGCUGGAGCCCAAGCAAAACCUGUUAACUAAAGCAAAAGCACACAGUGUAGGAUCCGAGUAUGCUCAAAGGAUUAAACUUGAGAUUGAAGUAAAGGAAGGAAGAUCGAGGUCCUUCAAGGAAACAGGCACAGCUAGGGCGGAAAAAUCUUCAAACCAGGUUUCUAAGAAGUCCAAAGCAGGCCUCAUCAGGACUAAAGGUAAAAAUGUUGUGCAGCCUCAUCUCCCAGUUGAGGAAUCUAAUAAGCCAGUCACAGGUUUUUCUCAAGAGGUCUCUUCAAGUGACAGAGCAACUACAUUAGUCUCGGGAGUGACUCCUCAAGAAGCUGUUGAAGGUGAAGGGAAAGACAGUCUUACUCUUUUACGUCAUGACUCUCAAAAUGUGGCCCUAGCUGAGAGUGGAGAACCUGUAUCAAAAACUGAUGUGCAAGUGCUUCAGACAGCAAGGAAAGAAAAUACAGAGCCAAAAGAACUUGGGUCGUUAUCUGAUCAGUUUAUAUCUGUGAACCAUACAGAAGAGAAAAGUGACUUGCAGGUGCAGCAUACUGAUGUCAAAAGGAAAGAGAGUGGCAUGUCAGUUGAUGCUUCCCAAGACAGAGAUAAAACUCUGCUCAAAUCUCCUUACAGUCUUGCAUCAACAGAAUCCGAAAACUUCAUGGGUGAAUCUGACAUAGAAGAAUCUCAAGAUUCAUUUAACAGUGAAACGGUUCCAAAAAUGCUUGCCUAUCCCAGCUCAAUAGAUGCUGUGAUGUCAGAUUAUGAUUUACAGAUGACUGGCUUUCCAGAUCAAACCAGGUUUGAAGAUCAGGGUAAAGCACAAAAUAGGUCUUGCCCUACAUCAAAAGAUGCUGUAAAAUUAAGUUGUAGUUCUAUGGAUUACAAAAGUAUUGAAAGUGAAAACCUGUGCCAAAAUCCCCCUUAUCCCACAUCUAGAGAUGCUGUGAAAACCAACUGCAGUUCUUCAAAUGACAAAAGCUGCCACAAUCAGGAACUGCCUCAAAACAGUUCUUACCCUACAUCAAAAGAGGCCGUGAAGUUAAGUUGCAGUUCUGCAGGAGACAAGAGUCGUGGAGAUCAGAAUGUUGCUCAAAACAAUUCUUACCCAACAUCAAAAGAUGCUGUAAAAUUAAGUUGUGGCACUGGGGAUAAUGAAAAUCGUGAAGAUAAUAAUUUUCCUCAAAAUAAUUCGUAUCCAACAUCAAAAGAUGCCUUGGGUUCAAAUAAUUUAGCACAUACAGCCCCAAACCCUGGUUACCCUGCUACCAAAGCUGCUCUUAUGACUCCACAGGUUCAGAGUCGAUCUCAAAAUGCGUACCCUACCAGCAAAGAGGCUGUUUAACAAAUAUAUCAAACAUCUUGAAAGUUGGAUUCAACUGCUGCCACUCCCCCUCUCCACUCUAACCCCCCCCCCCCAUGAAAGAUCUGUAAUCAGUUAAUUAUUGUCAAUGCAUGUCAAUGUGUGCUUGAUAAUGUACAUACUUAAACUGUGUGAUAUGUGUUUGUUAAAGCAUUUAAGAUAUUUCUCAGUAGUUAUUAAAUGUAAAAUUUUAGCUGGAUAAAAAUAUGCAUGGCUGAUUUUAGAGGUAUACAUUCUUUGUAAUGUAUGAGAAUCAGUAAUGACUGAAUUACUUGUCAUUCUGCUGUAAAAUAUUAAUUAGACUCAUUGAAAUGACAGUUUUAGGUUCUUGUCUUAAUCUAUUAAAGUAAGCAAUUACAGUAUAUCUAUAUAUACAGUAGGAGUGUUACAUAUGCAUACACUGUUCAGAUCUUAAACAGCUUUUUCAUCACAUAUUUAGUGAUUGUAAUUACAUGCUGUACAUUUUGGCCAUGUUUUAAUUAUCUAAUAAUUGUGCAAUAAGCUGGGCUUGUCAUAUCUCAUUUGCAUUAGAUAUGCUUCAGAGAAACACAUUUGUCAUGAGCAAUACAAGGAAUUCGUCAUAAUAUAUUUACUAGUAUGAUAAAAAUCUCUGCCACGCCUGCAUUUGAAUAGUCGAGAAAUACUGUUUUAUCUUGUCGAUUUGGUGAAAUCAUUUGUGUAUAUUUUUGAUAAACUUCAUAGAGUCCUGUUUAUUACAUUUGAUAGCUAUUCAGCAGGUGUGUGAACAUGAUCAAUUACCUGUUAAUAUUUACUGGUUUUGGUAAGGUGCCCUACAUUUCAUGAUAUUUAGUCUUCUAUAUAUAAUAUUAUACACUGUCUGUGAAUCAAUACUCAAAUAAAUUGAUCCUUUGGAUGGAGAUUAUUAAAGUGAUGAUACUUGCCUUAUUGAAAAUCUUUGAAGUGUUAUACAUUGUAACCUAAGUUUUGCAUAACAUAAAUUUCAGAAUGCUGGAUCAAUCCAUGUAAAAAUUUAGUUUGUAAUAAUUAUUUAGUGUUUUUCAUUUGAGAUUACAGAACAAAAUUUGAUUUUGUUUUUGUCGCUUUUU